AUGGAGGCAAAGGCGGCCUCCAUGCCGGCUACUGGUGGCGCCGGGUGCUCGGUGACGGCGGACGAAACCCAAAAGUGGAUGGAGGAAGCGAUGCAAAUGGCCAAAGAAGCCCUAGAAAAUACUGAAGUUCCCGUUGGCUGUCUCAUGGUCUACAACAAUGAAGUUGUGGGGAAGGGACGAAAUGAAGUUAAUCAAACCAAAAACGCUACUCGACAUGCAGAAAUGGUGGCCAUCGAUCAGGCCCUGGACUGGUGCCACCAAAGUGGCAAGAGUCCUUCUGAAGUAUUUGAACACACCGUGCUGUAUGUCACUGUGGAGCCGUGUAUUAUGUGUGCAGCUGCUCUCCGCCUGAUGAAAAUUCCACUGGUGGUAUAUGGCUGUCAGAACGAACGAUUUGGUGGUUGUGGCUCUGUUCUAAAUAUUGCCUCUGCUGAUUUACCAAAUACUGGGAGACCAUUUCAGUGCAUUCCUGGAUAUCGGGCCGAGGAAGCAGUGGAAAUGUUGAAGACCUUCUACAAACAGGAAAAUCCAAAUGCACCAAAAUCAAAAGUUCGGAAAAAGGAAUGUCCGAAACCUUGA